AUAUACCCCCAAAGCAGAUCUGAAGAAAAUAAAUUAAUUAAGUAGUAGUUCAUCUCAUAUUAAAAUUAGAUUCACACACAAAACAAAAUCGUAGACGUUAACUACAAAGAAAUGCAAUAAAUAUAAGUUUGAUUAAUUAAUAUUCUGAAAAAUUCAGCAGAAACAAUAUGGUUUUGAUCCAAUUAUUAGCUGCUACAUUAGUGUUAUUAAUCAUCCUUCUUCAUUUUGGUAAUGCUUAUAGUUUGAGCAGAGAUGAAUUCCCUUCUGACUUUGUGUUUGGUGCAUCAACCUCUGCUUACCAAGUUGAAGGUGCAGCUAAUAAAGAUGGCAGGAAGCCAAGUAUUUGGGAUACCUUCUCCCAUUCUGGAAAUGGGAAUAUGUACAAAGGUAAUGGAGAUAUUGCAUGUGACCAAUAUCACAAAUAUAAGGAAGAUGUGCAACUCAUGGCCAACAUGGGAUUAGAUGCCUAUAGAUUUUCGAUAUCAUGGUCAAGACUUAUUCCAGAUGGAAAAGGACCGAUCAAUCCCAAAGGAUUAGAGUAUUACAACAACCUUAUAAAUGAAUUGAUAAGCCAUGGAAUCCAACCACAUGUUACAUUACACCAUUGGGAUCUACCACAAAAACUUGAGGAUGAAUACGGAGGAUGGGUUAAUCGAAGCAUUGUGAAAGAUUUCACCGCAUAUGCUGAAGUGUGCUUCAGAGAAUUUGGUGAUAGAGUUAAGUAUUGGACGACGGUGAAUGAAGGCAAUGUGUAUGCAUCGUUUGGUUAUGAUCUUGGAAUGUUACCACCGCAGAGGUGUUCUCCUUCUUUUCAAGCUAACUGCUCAAGGGGAAAUUCGUCGACUGAGCCAUAUUUGGUAGCUCAUCAUAUGUUAUUAGCACAUGCUUCAGCUGCAAGAUUGUAUAGGAAAAAAUAUAAGGGUAUGCAACAUGGUUUUAUUGGGUUUAAUCUUCUUACUUUUGGUUUUGUGCCACUGACAAAUACUAGUGAAGAUAUAAUUGCCACUCAACGGGUCCAAGAUUUCAUGAUUGGGUGGUUCCUAAACCCAUUUACAUUUGGUGACUACCCUGAUAUAAUGAAAAAGAAUGCUGGUUCGAGAAUUCCUUCCUUCACCAAAAAAGAAUCAAAUCUUGUCAAAGGCUCAAUUGACUUCAUAGGAAUAAACUUUUACUUCUCAUUUUAUGUUAAGAACAGUCCUGCCAUCCAACAAAUCAAGGAUAGAGAUUACAUGGAAGAUAUAGAAGUGGAAACUAUACAACUUACAACAAAUGAUACAUCUCCAUUUGAGGUUCCGAUUACACCAUGGAUGUUGCAAGGUGUGCUAGACUCGGUGAAGAAAGAUUAUGGAAAUUUUCCAAUUUACAUACAAGAAAAUGGUCAACAAACAUUGAGUAAUUCAUCAUUGGAUGAUUGGUCUAGGGUGAAGUAUUUGCAUGAAUACAUUGGGGCCAUGGCUAAUGCACUAAGGAGUGGAUCAAAUGUGAAAGGCUAUUUUGUUUGGUGCUUCUUGGAUGGGUUUGAAUUAUUGGGUGGAUAUGAAAUGAGUUAUGGCUUAUAUUACAUUAAUGUGAAAGAUCCAAGUUUGAAGAGACAACCUAAACUCUCUGCUAAAUGGUACACAAAUUUUCUUAAGAGGAAACCAAUGGAUCCAAAGGUUACAUUUGAAAUUGGUAAGAAUCAACUUUUUCCUUCACAUGCAUCCUUGCUGGAUAAUGCCAAGUAAUCUCUAGUUUGGGUUCAGAUUUUGCUACUUUGUGCUACCACGUGAAUGAAUAAAAUUAGGAGAUAGUGUAUGAUGUCAAAUAGGAAACAUAGUUGAUUUUUAUAACAAUGUGACAUUAUGUAUCUGUACUAUUAUAUGAUGAUAGUAGAUUAGA